GUGCCUAUCCUGCGAGUCUGUCAGUGCGGGCGAGCUAUUUUUCCGGGGAUGCUCGUCCCCCGGCUCCCCAUCUGUGCGGGAUGCCGCCCCGCAGGGAUGCAGGGCGCAGCAGGUGGCCGAGCACGCCGCUGCCCUGGGGACCAGCGCGCUCGCUAUUUCUUGCAGCGCAGAGGAAAUCGCGCUGAAUCAGGCUCGGCUCCUGCUCUGGUGCUUGCGGAGCAGAGCGUGUGCUGAUGCCGAGCGGGGCUGAGCGGGCGGCACAUCGCUCACACGGCAGCGGAGCGCAGCAGCCACAGCCGGCACACACACUGCUCCCGACGGGAAUUCACCCACCGGAGGAGAGAUGAUGCGGCGCGGCUGCCCCAGCCCCGCCUGAAGCGGCGAUGCGCGGGGCGGCGGCCGGGGCCGGGCGCUGACCGGGAGCAUGCUGAGCCCCAAGAUCAGACAUGCCAGGAGAGCCCGGUCAAGGAGUUUGGUGAUGGGUGAACAGGUUGGGCCUCCCUCCAGACCAUCCUCUCCAAACCCUCAAGAGCGUGUGCUCAAGUGUGGCUGGCUGAAGAAGCAGAGGAGCAUCAUGAAGAACUGGCAGCAGCGCUGGUUUGUGCUGCGAGGGGAUCAGCUCUUCUACUACAAGGAUGAAGAGGAGACUAAACCUCAGGGUUUGAUCCUACUGCAAGGCAGUCAGGUGAACGAGCUGCCUCCUAAUCCUGAUGAACCAGGGAAACAUCUCUUUGAAAUUUCCCCAGGUGGUGCAGGGGACCGGGAAAAGAUGCCUGUCAAUCAUGAGGCUUUCCUGCUCAUGGCUAAUUCCCAGAAUGAAAUGGAAGAUUGGGUGAAAGCCAUCCGACGGGUUAUAUGGGCUCCAUUUGGUGGAGGGAUCUUUGGGCAGCGCCUGGAGGACACGGUUCAGUCCGAGAGGAAGUAUGGCCAGCGCCUGGCGCCGCUGCUGGUGGAGCAGUGCGUGGACUUCAUCCGGGAGCGCGGCCUUACGGAGGAGGGGCUCUUCCGCAUGCCUGGGCAAGCCAACCUUGUCAAAGAUCUGCAGGAUUCUUUUGACUGUGGAGAGAAACCCCUUUUUGACAGCAACACAGAUGUUCACACUGUGGCGUCCCUCCUGAAGCUUUACCUUCGAGAGCUGCCAGAGCCUGUCAUCCCCUUUGCCAAAUACGAAGACUUUCUUUCUUGUGGACAGCUGCUCUCAAAAGAUGAGGGAGAGGGUACUCAGGAACUGGUUAAACAGGUGAAGAAUUUGCCCCAAGCCAACUACAACCUCCUCAAAUACAUAUGCAAGUUCCUUGAUGAAGUUCAGGCUCACUCCAGCAUUAACAAGAUGAGUGUCCAGAACCUGGCUACAGUAUUUGGACCAAACAUACUGCGGCCCAAACUGGAGGAUCCAGUGACCAUGAUGGAAGGCACCUCUCUGGUUCAGCAGCUGAUGACAGUCCUGAUCAGCGAGCAGGGCCGGAUCUUCGCCGUUCCUCAGGCCGAGGGGAGCCAGCUGGAAAUCAGGCCCGUGCGCCAGCGCAGCACCGUCGAGUGGAUCUCCGAGGAGGACGGGGAGGACGGCAGGUCACAGCACAGCGCUGCCAGCCCUGCUGAUCUGCCUUCUGGCAAUGCUGUGCCUCCCGAGGCCACGCCAGGACCCGCAGUGAAAAUCACUCCUCCGGAGCACAGUGGCAAAUCCACCCAGCCCGCCACCAGCCCCAGUAAAAGAGUGCAGACGCUGCCUCCAUGGAAGGUUUCCUUCCGCCAGCAGGGCGCACGGUCUGUGAGCCCGAAGCUGGGCUCAUCCUUGGACAUCCCCAACCUCUCCUCCAGCGGGAACUGGCUGAUGAACGGGCUGUACUCCCUGCGGGGCCACCGCCGGACUGCCUCUGGGGAGCGAGUGAAGGACUCGUGCUCCUCCCAGAGACUCUCCACGUAUGACAACGUCCCUUCAUCCAGCCUGUCCCUCAGCACUCACAGCAUGGCCAGCAGCACCUGGUCCACGUCAUCCUGUGAGAUCUCCGUGAUGGACUCGGUGAGCAGCUGCCCAGCCUGCCGGGCCAGUGACUCCUCCACCUUAAGCUCCCUAAAAACCGAGUGGGUAACUCAGGGCUCGCUGUCUCAGAGCGAGGUGAAGACAGCAGAUCUGGAGAACAGCAUGGACAGGUUUGAAGCCUGCAGCAGCAGCAGCAGUGAACAGAGUGACCCAGCUGCAGCUUCCCGAGACUCUGUCCAGUGCUCCAGGGCCCUGCAGAGCUUGGUGGUGGAGCUAAAGACAGAACUGAGCAAACAGAGGACUGAGUAUGAGACUAGUAUCAAAAGAAUUGAAGAAACAAGUGCAGACCUGAGGAACCAAGUGGUUAGGUUAGAAGAAGAACUGGACCAAGAAAGAAAGAAAUACACAAUGCUGGAGAUAAAGCUGAGGAAUUCUGAACGUGCUCGUGAAGAUGCUGAGAAGAGAAAUUACCUCCUGCAGAAGGAAAUGGAAGAAUUUUUUUCAACAUUAGGAUGUUUAACUGUUGGGAGUCAAAGUGCUAAAGUCUCCAAAUAGAACAAGUAUAGAAAAUCCCAUUCCUGACAAAAUGAGUGAAAAUGCAUAUUUUGUUCUGGUAUACUCAUGUAUCAUGAGUAAUUCUAUAGUGGUUGUGCUCUCAGUGACAAUUGCCCUGUUGUCUUUAUAUGUGCUAUAGUAUUUGGGCCAGCUGGGAAAGACUGCUGACCAUAAAGCUUGAAAAUUUAGCAUCAGAUUGCCAAGAAAGAGUGGGUGCUUUCUGUAUCCACAGAACAUAAGAUACUCUUCUCCAGACUGUCCUGCUGCCAUCUUUGGACUCAACUGCACCAUCCUUUUGCUGGCUCAAGGACAGUGGAAGGUCCUGCAGGGUGGGUGGAUGGCCAGAACCAACAGACAAGCUGAGCCUGGAGCUGAGGGAUUCCUGCACUUGUGGCAGGGAAGGUGGCAGCUCCAGUCUGUCACCACAGCCGGGAGGUUUGCCAGAAGGAUUUAAUGAGGUGGUUUUCACCCCACUCCCUCCAUAAAGUUUGUUCAAAUUUCUCAUUCCUAGAAUGGUAUUAUUUUAUGAAGAUAUUGUGAAAACAAGGUCUGCAAACAUGCUGAAAAUAUCAAAAUCUUGACAAUUCACUAAAAUUGUCCCUUACCCACUCAAUGGUUUCAGUGUUUUAUAAAAAUGCAGCUUUAAAUUAAACUGUGAUUAAUAAUCUGA